UCAAAAGAUAACCACGAGCAGGGGGAGAAAAGUCUGCCUUCGUGGCUGCGACGACUUAUUUCACCGGCGAUGUCGGCGGCGCAAGCCGCGAGCGCCUCCUUGCGGCCGUCAGCGACUACGCGGCUCAAAGAAGCGGCGUUCUUCUUCACCGAUAAUAACAACUCCGCAUCGGCGCGGCUCUGCAUCGGACGACGCGGUGCGGAGAGAACCUUUGCAGGGCUUCAAAUUGCAGCCUCCAACUUGGACAGAUGCAAAAUUUGUCAUGUUAAAAGUGGGGAGGCUGAUGGCUAUCCAAUAACCGAAGAAGAUACUGUGGUUGAUGAAGAAACCCUUCAGAGUAAUCUGGACAGAGCUAUCCAGGAAGAAGAUUAUGCGCGUGCUGCCAAAAUUAGGGACGAUCUACGCAUCCUCCACGAGGACACUGAAGCUUCCGUCCUUGCAGCGAAUGCAAGGUUCUACAACGCUUUCAAGAAGGGGGAUCUUACUGCAAUGUACUCUAUCUGGGCUAAAGGAGACCACGUGUAUGUUGUCCAUCCCGGUGCUGGUCGGAUAUCUGGUUAUGAUGUGGUCUUGCAAAGCUGGGAGAUGGUAUGCAACGCGGACUAUGAGUUCCCUCUGAACAUUGAUCUUAAGAACAUUGAGGUUCAUGUGCGUGGUGACCUUGCUUAUGUUACAUGCUUGGAGUUGGUGAAGAGCAAAGGAAGAACUUGGGGAAAACAAAUCGCCACCAAUGUCUUUGAGAAGGUUGAUGGCGCGUGGUAUAUUUGUGUCCACCAUGCUUCACACAUUGAAGAAUGAAAUGCUGACAACCUUGUGGUGAUUUGGCAUGUAAAUUUUGCAGAAAAAACUAGACGACCAUGUAUGCCAUUGAUAUUUUAUAGUAACUCAUGUAUACUUGUGUGUCGUUGUGUCUGCUA